CAGCGAGUCCUCAAAACACAAUUACAAUCACCAAUGCCAACCUCCAAUGUCGUCUACCGUUUCGGCGAUCGAACCUCUUACAAGACCCUAACGCAGUCGACGGAACCCAUUCCGACCUUGAAAGAUCAUGAAGUUCUGAUCGAGGUGCGUGGCGUUACCCUCAACUACCGAGAUCUCGUCAUCGCGAAUUCCAACUACCCCGGUUCAGUGACGGAGCAUGUCGUUCCGUGUUCCGAUGGAGCUGGCGUGGUGACUGCUAUGGGCUCCUCAGUAGAAGACAUUCAAGUGGGUGACCGUGUUAUCACCAAUUUCGACGUUGCGAACAUGUACGGUCCCGUGCUAGACGGUGGAUCGCAUUGGUUAGGAGGAACAUUGGACGGGAUGUUGCGACAGUACGCUGCUGUACCAGCCCAAGCCGUGACCAAGAUACCCGAAGGCUGUAAGCUUAAUUUCGUGCAGCUAGCCUCACUUGUAUGUGCUGGAGUGACGGCCUGGAACGCACUAUAUGGUCUAAAUCCAUUGCGUCCAGGCCAAGUGGUACUUCUCCAAGGCACGGGUGGUGUCUCGAUCUUUGGUCUACAGUUGGCCAAAGCGGCGGGAGCUACUACAAUCAUCACUUCGUCUUCGGAUGAGAAACUACAGUUCGUGAAGGAGAAGUUUGGUUUCGAGUACACCUUUAACUACCGUAAGACGCCGGAGUGGGCGGCAGAGGCGAAUCGAUUCACCAACGGUAGAGGCGUUGACAUUGUGAUCGAAACUGGAGGUUCUGGUACUAUUGCCCAAAGCAUGGAGGCUAUUAAACCGGGUGGUCAAAUUGCGGUGAUUGGUUUCCUGUUUCGCGCAAAGCAGGAAGAAAUGCCUGACGUCGCAGGAAUGGUGUUGAACAAGGGCUGUACUGUUCGUGGCGUUCAGAUUGGAAGCAAGCAACUCACCGAAGAGUUGGUGCGAGUGGUCACAAGCCAGAACAUCCAGCCGCACAUUCACAAGACGUUCGGAUUCGAUGAGGAAGAUGUGCACGCUGCGUUCAGUUGUCUGGAGACAGCUGGUCACAUUGGUAAGAUCGGAAUCGCCAUCAAGUCCGACUAGGUCAUUUAUUGCUGUGGAGUUUCUAUAGGUUCUGUAGUUGUGCUGCACUUAAGCAUACGCGUAUUGCGUAGUAAGCCAGCUAUGGUAAAAUCUUUCGCAUUCUACCAAACAAAGAAUCGUUGUAACAUUUGGAAAAAGGUAUCCCGACUUUUUAAUCCAAACAACCGUCGCCUCGGAUCAGGGCUCGGAAAAUAAAAUAAAAUAUUGGAUUGGAUUUCUAAAAGAAACAUAAUCCGUAACUCCGUAUCGACAAAAAC